AUGCCUCGAGCAAAACCUGCCAAUCGAUUGUUUACGAACAAUGUGAGAGAACUAGGUAUUGGAUUACGGAUUGUUUGGCAUAUUUCCAAAUGUGUCGGGGACGGGAAAUCGGGUCUUUUCAAGCUGUUUGCUAUUGGCUACGAUAUACAACACCCUCGAAGAAAUAAGACUGCGCAGAUAAUUAUGACCAGUGAAAACAACCCUCCCAAAAAAAUCAUGCAACAAAAUACGAUGCCGAAACAUCUUCAGCCACGAACUUACUUGCCACCAUGGCUCGCAAUACGGGCUGCAAUACGCUUUGCGAUGCGGCUCACAAUGCCGCUUGCGAUACUACCCGCAGCACGGCUCACAACACGGCUCGCGCACAGCCAGAUUAAGGGAUGA